AUGUAUAAGAGACACAUUGACCAAAUACUCGCUAGAAAACCACGUCAUUCACUGAGUCAAAUAGUGGAUAGUUCACAUAUCAAGUCAACGGCUGGUUUGACGACUAAGUCAGAUGAGGAGGAGCAUAAGGAGUCAUUUGAUAGUGCGGAGGAAGGAGCGGGCACAAGCCCGACUUCGCCGGCGCCGCUGUUGUCUUCUAACGCUAAUACUGAUAAACCACAGCGCAGGGAAGCUGCUAUACAAUGUCGUGAAAGACUAAAAAUGUAUAAAUAA